UACCUGAAUAGAAACCAAAUCGGUGGCUCCAUCCCAGAACAAAUAGGAUUGCUCAGCUCUCUUAAUGAGCUUGGCUUGGCUACUAACAAUCUCACGGGUUCAAUCCCUUCUUCAAUUGGAAACUUGGGUAACUUAACCAUUUUGUACCUUUAUGACAACCAACUUUCCGAAUCAAUCCCUCAAGAAAUUGGGAUGCUGAGGUCUCUCGUUGAUCUCGCACUCUCAACGAACAAUCUCACUGGUUCAAUCCCUGCAUCUAUAGGAAACUUAGGCAUGUUAACCACGUUACAGCUUGAUGGAAAUAUUCUUUCAGGACUCAUUCCUUCGACAAUUGGAAACUUGAUGAAGUUGAAUGUAUUAGAUUUAAGUCUAAAUCCAUUAUCAGGCUCCAUUCCUUCAGAGAUAGGAUAUUUAAAACAACUUGGUUAUUUGAUAUUCAUUGAUAACCAACUCACUGGCUCUAUUCCUCCAGGAUUGAACAAUCUUACACAUUUGAAAUUUUUUCAGAUAGCUAACAACAAGCUCGUUGGUCAUUUACCAGAAAACCUAUGCUUUAGUGGAUUACUCACAAUUAUUGGUGCAACUGACAACAAUCUCACUGGUCCCAUCCCAAAAAGCUUGAAAAAUUGCCAUAGCCUACAUAGAGUCAGGCUUGAAGGAAACCAACUGUCAGGCAAUAUAUCAGAAGAUUUUGGCAUAUACCCAAACUUGGAUUACAUUGAUUUGAGUCGCAACAAUUUUUAUGGUGAGUUAUCUACAAACUGGGGAAAAUGCCACAAUUUAACUAGUCUCAAAAUGUCUAACAAUAAAAUUUCUGGUAAGAUACCAUCUAAAUUAGUAGGGGCAACUCAGCUAUUCGUUCUUGAUCUCUCUUCAAAUCAUCUAGUUGGAGAGAUCCCAUUGAAAUUGGGAACGUUGGUUUCACUAUUCAACCUUAAGCUGGAUGAUAACUAUCUAUUAGGCAAUAUUCCUCUAGAAUUAAGUAAGUUGUCCAAUUUAGAGAACCUUAACUUGGCAGCAAAUAAUCUAAGUGGCUCAAUCCCUACAGCACUAGGAGAGUGCAAGAAACUUUGGAACUUGAAUUUGAGCAAUAAUAGAUUUGGGGAAAGUAUUCCUGCUGAAAUAGGUCGUAUCCAUAACCUUCAAAUUCUUGAUCUUGGUCAUAAUUUGCUAGUAGCAGAUUGGAGAAUUGCAAAGGUUAGAAACAUUGAAUCUCUCCCACAAUGA